AUGAUCUCCGGCCGCCAACGCAGCACCGGCUGCUCUCUCUGCCGACGCCGCAAAAUCAAAUGCGACGAGCGCAAACCCACCUGCCUGAACUGCCAAUCCUACGGCCAGCCCUGUCCCGGCUACACGCGGUUCUCGUUCCCGAUCAUCUUCCGGAGCGAGAAUCGCCGCGUCGAGGCUUUGGUGCGUAGGCGGAAGAAAGGUUCGAAGGAGUCCUUGGGUCUGGCAGUGGCGAGUGAACCUGGGACAGGGAAAGGGGCAGAGACCCCUGCAGACGCAGACGCAGACGCAGACGCGCAUGCAGCUCCGACCCCGCGCAGUCCCCUAGACCGGGUCCAGGAUAGAUGCAUGCAGAAGGACAUGCAGAAGCCCGUGCCGAGGUACCUGGACACGCCGUGGGAGGUGCAGAGCCAUUGUUUCUUCCGAGAGCAGUAUACGAUGCCACCCGAGGUGGACGGGAGUCCGGGGCCGUUGGACUCAGUGCCGUUGCUGUAUCUGCUGUGUCAGGAGCAGGAUCUGACCUCGAACAAGACCAUGAAGGAUGAAGGAGAAAAUGCCCCCGUAUCGUGUCUCCGCGCAGCCCUGGACGCCGCUGCGUUUGCGGCUCUCGCGAACAAAGCCCGUCUGCCAUCGUUGGGCAUCCAAGCGAGGCGGAAAUACGGCCUGGCGCUGCGGGAGCUGAAUCGUGUGCUUGGCAGCGUGGACGACGCUGUGAAGACCGAGACCCUAGGCGCGAUCGUCAUGUUGAUUAUCUUCGAGGAUAUCAAUAACGAGCGGGAUAGGUUGCUCAGUACGCAUAUCACGGGGAUUCAGUAUUUGUUGAAGCUGCGCGGAUUAAAGCAAUUGCAGGACCCGGCCACGAGGUCGUUGUUUCAUUUUGCGUUUACGCAGAUGACAAUUCAAUUCCUUGGCUUUAACGAUCCGCUUAAAAUCGACCUCGACUGGCUUCUAGCCCUCUUGACCAUCCCCCACCCAAUCUAUACCAUGAUGGCCGGGGUGUCGCGGAUUGGGAAAUUCUGCGCCACAGCGACACAGAAGCUGUUCUCCUCCCUGCCUCGCGAGCCGCUGACUUCGUUACUGGAGACCGGCGAGCGACUAGAUCUUGAAUUCAACCAGUGGUACAGGGGGAUGCCGGAUGAGUGGCUGCCACGACGCAUUGCAUCGCAAUCUGGCGGUGGAAAAACACUGCUCAUGUACCCAGACCAAACAGCCGCAGGGGUCUGGAAUUACUAUCGCGGCGCACGAAUCGUCCUCCAGCGGUGUCUGGUGGAGGUUCAUAAACGGCUGGAUCCGUUUUAUACCUCGUCCUCCCCACCACCCCCCUAUCCUGAUCUUGACCAAGAUCGAGAUUCUAUGAACUUGGAAUCCCCCAACGAUAUUAUAACAACCAUGGUCUCUGAUAUCUGCGAUACUAUUCCCUUCGCCAUAGGCGACGUAGAUGAUAUUGGUCUUCAGAGCAGGCGUAAAGAGGGGACAGGUCUUAAGGCGAUCCAGGAGUUCGCGCUGCUGUGGCCGAUCUGGAGUAUUACACAGUGUGAGCAGGCGAGUGGGGAGCAGAAAGAGCUGGCGAGGCAUACCCUGAGACGGCUGGGGUUGUCGAACGGGAUUAAAUUGGGGUUGGGGUUGGCUGAUGGCGGUGAUGGGUGA